UCUAAACCAGUAUCUUCUUCUCUUCAGCUUGUUGUCUCUGUUCUCCACACACAUAUGAUGUUCAGCCGAUAAACACAUUAUCCCCUUAAGCUUUUCUCGCUUUGUUGGGAACUCAAGUACGCAAUAACUGUUGAGCUUUAAGUGGUAGUGGUGUGUGUUCAUGAGGAGACUGUAGGCAAUGAACACUCCAACAUGCUUCAACAGUCGCUUCGGGCACGUUCGUACGCUCGUACUCUCGAGCUAGAAGUGUUUGUCGUCGUAGGUUAAUUUUUCAUUUAAUCUCUCGUAUUCAAAUAUUUAAUAUUUCACGUAAUCGCUCGUUAAUUGAGAUUAAAACGAUUAAACAUUGAUUAUUGAAGACUAAGUUAUUGAGUAUGGUUUUUAGUUUUAUUUUGAAGUUAUGUUAGAAGUUGGCUAUUCAUGUUUUAUCACAAUUGUGAAUUCAUGAGAUUGAAAAGUCAAAAGAGAAGAAUAUAAAAGUGAAGUGAAAAGCAAUUAGCAUCGAGCUGCAAAAAAAAAACAAACGAAUUGAAUUUAUCAAUGUAACGGGUAUUGGAGUUUAAAUCAUUGGAAGCAUUGUUACGUCGUGUCGUGCUACUGAUUAUUUAUAAGGCUAUUCCAAAAAAAAAAAAAUUCUCAACACGAUAUUAUUGAAUAUGUAAUGUUUUUAAACUAAACGUCAUCGUCAGCAGAUUCUUACGUUGCAUUACUCUCGACGAGACAUAAUAAAGACACAAAAGUUUUAAUGAAAAUAUAUAUAUGAAUAUUUUUAAAUAAAAGCAACACAUCUGGAAUUUUUUAGUGACGACAGAGUUUAUUAUUUAAUAUAAUUGUUUACUUUUAUCUUCUUUGUGCAAAAAAAAUUUUUUAUUUGAAAUGCUGGCAUGAGGACAAAGGCUUUUUCAAAGUACAACGAUCCUUUUGAUGAGAGCACGAGAUUUCGGGAUACAUCCCAGCAGAUUCACAAACAAUGGCAAACAGAUCCUGCAAGAGCAUUUCCGACAAUUGGCAAUACUAACAUCAAUUCAUCUCUUGUCCUUGUCAGAGAUGGUACAGCUUUUGAAUCGACGCCAAAUCCAUCUUCCAGUCCCUCAGACGAGUUCCAAGUCACGUACAAUGGUAACUACGAUCAUACCAGGAACAUUGAACACUUUAAUUCCGCAUUAUACGAAAAAACGAAGGUGCAAAAAACGCCAUCGAUGUCAUCAAAGUCACCAAGCAUUCGAGUGGAUUCACCGUCGAUUAUGUUAACGGGAAAAGGAGGACGGGUUAGUGAGGUCAUGGAGCUCUCCUACGUCACCGAGAGGAUCAUUGCACUAUGGUAUAGAGAAGACACACAGGGAGUUCUUGAGCACGCAACAAAUUUACUUCGGGGCAAGCAUGCCAAUAAUUACAUGAUAUUUAACCUGUCGUCUAUAAAAAUAAGGAAACCCAACACUCGAGAGUGUGGCUGGCCUCAGGGAUUAUCGCCGAGUUUGGAAAAACUUUGUGCUCUUUGUAAAGAGCUAGACUCUUGGCUAAAUGCCGCCCCCAAUCAUGUUGUCGUUCUUCACUCGAUUGACUUCAAAGAGAGAAUUGGAGUUUGUGUAUCAACAUACCUGAACUACAGUUGUAUCUGCGGGGGACAAGAUCAAGCACUUGAUACAUUCGCUAUGCAAAAAUUUUUAGAUGAUAAAAUUGGAUCGAUACGAGUACCUUCACAUCGUCGCUACAUCGAGUAUUUUACUGGUCUUUUAUCUGGAUCUUUGAGGAUCAAUCCCUCACCUCUGUACCUGACCCACAUCACGGUUUUAGGCGUUCCACUAUUCGAGCCAAUCGGCUGCAGAGCUUUUCUUAAAAUCUACGAAGGAUUAACGCCAAUCUAUACGUCUGAUCUGUACUCCGUAACGAAUGCACGAGAAUUCACUGUCAACCUUGGAAGUCUUCGACUCAGAGGAGACAUCCUGAUAAAAUGCUAUCACAGAAUAUAUUCUAAACAAAGUCGAGAAGUCAUGUUCUCCCUGCAGUUCCAUACAUGUGUAAUUACGGAAAAUGUAAUUUCUUUUCCUCGAUCUGAACUUGACGUGGCUUGUGAUGACAGAAGAUGUCCGGCUGACAGCGUUGUAACGCUUUACUUUUCAUCAGAUGCUAAACGUCAAGAUGGUCCAGUGCCUGCACCUACGCCUGCUGUCCCUCAUGCAUCUGCUCAUCAUGAUCCAAUCUUACACUGGGACAGUUACCUCAAUUUAGAUACCAGUGAUGAUGAGGGAAGAGAAACAUCUCUAUCAUCUCCACCUCUUUCAUCAUCAUCAAUCCAACUAUCUCCUCGGAGCUUGGGAUACACCUGUGGUCCUAUCGAUGGCUCUCUUUAUGCAGUUGUUCAUCAAGGCACAAGUGGAGCUGCUCGCGGUUCUCCGUUGACAGUUUCCAUGGACAGUGGUAUCAGCAGUGCACCACCACAAAGACCAAGUCCACCAGAAAUCGAAUUGUCUGAAAGCCAAGUGCAUGGAGAUCUUGAUAAAUUGCUCUAUGAUAUGAUGAUGACUGUUGAGUCAAUGCCAGAUCCAACAAACCUUAACGAAUGUAAUCGAGCAAACAAUCGAGUCCAAAAGUUGUAUGUUCAUAACGGAGUAAGUUACGACAGUAGCAAUUCUACAUCAAAUUAUUCAACUCUACGAGAUUCUUCACACCGGAGUUAUAGCAAUAGUGCUCGAGAUUAUCUUCACGGUCCAUCAACUAAUAAUUACGAAACGAUGAAAAGUGAAUCGAAGAACAGUUUCACUGAGUCUAAGAAAACAUUAACGCCUAAAGCAACUAUUAGCUUUAUGGAUGAAGAUAUUCCUUAUCAUGCAAGACAAACCAGUCAACCGUUUAGUUACGGUGCUACGACAGAUAUGAUUAAACAUCAGAAACUUUCAUCACCUUCCUUAGUAAGAAAGGCAACGAUGAAAGGCUCAGCACCCAUUGCACACUUUGAUGAUAUUCUUGGAGAAUAUUCGAGAUCUGUCAGCCCAUUAAGUCCAAAUACACCAGACCCUCCUCCAGAAUUUGCCAAUGGCUUUCAGAAGUCCAAUUCUGACUCCACUGAUGGAGUGUCUUGGUUAAGACAACAGCAGCUAAAACUUGCAGCUCGACGUGAUGAAAAAAGUCCAGGGAAACUAUGGAGACAAGAGACGAGCAACCGUGUUAUUGGUGAAUUAAGAAGUUUACAGCGAAGCCGUUUAAGGCAGGAUGGAUAUGCCAGCGAUUCAGCUGUUCUAGAUAAUGACGAUGAAAUGUCAAUGCACAGUCCAAUUCACUCACAGCAGACUAUGCGACUGGCACCACAUACAUCAGCCCCUGCAAGUCCUUUGUUACGUCAAAGAUCCAAAACCCGGAAAUCAAAUGACAUAAUAAUGAAUGGAACUCAUGGGCGACCACGAGCAGAAAGUGUUAAUGAACGACCAUUCACUUCUAUCAAACGCUCCUAUGAAACUCAGACAUUUACUGAUGGCCAGCACAAUGAAUCUUCAUCAUCAUGGCUCGAUAGAAGUAUUAGUCCAGGAAGCGCAGCAAUCGGAACGGCCUCUAGACCACAAACACCCGCAUUUCCAGUUUACCCACGCACACCUUACGUCAAUAAUUCAUCUUCAACAGUGACAUUCGCUUCAGAUCGGAACUAUAUGGCUUCGAGUAAUAUCAAUAAUGCAUAUAACUAUUCGGUUCAAAACAAUAAUAUUCACGAACUGGAUCAUGGUUCUCAUAAUAACAACAACAUCGAUAGAGAGUAUACAAACGGACAUGUUUUUGUAGAAGAACGUCGACAUGUAUCUUCAGAGAUGGGAUUGCCGCCUAAGAGCCCACCAGCUCAACGCAAGGAGUAUCUCAUUCAACCAACAAGCGAAACGAUUUUAACGAGCUCUGUUAAUCAUAAUGUUAACACUCCAACCCACGUUGAAUUUCUUCAGAGCCCAAAGAGUACAACAUCCUUCUUUUCAAUGAGCAGCAGUGGUCAUUCAUCACCUCAGGUUCCAUUUUAUGGAACGAGACGAUCGAGCAUUCACUCCAAUACUGAGCCUCAAGAAGUAUCUGAUAUUAAUGUGAAAUUUGUUCGAGAUACUAGUAAAAUUUGGUAUAAACCUAAUAUUUCACGAGAACAAGCUAUAGCUAUGCUGAAAGACGCAGCACCAGGAACAUUUGUUGUUCGUGACAGCAAUUCAUUCCCAGGAGCUUUUGGUCUUGCUCUAAAAGUAGCCACUCCACCUCCAGGGGCACCAAGUAGUCCGAAAGAUCCAUCAAGUGAAUUGGUCAGACAUUUCUUGAUAGAACCAACUUCAAAAGGUGUCCGAUUGAAGGGAUGUGCUAAUGAACCAGUAUUCAGCUCACUUUCUGCGCUGGUUUAUCAGCAUAGUCUGAUGACUAUGGCUCUACCUUGUCAAUUAUUAUUACCAGAGCCUGAAGCUGCUGCUAAAGUUCUUGAUUCUCCGAAUACAAGCAGUACUCAACAGCUAUUAGCUCAAGGCGCAGCUUGCAAUGUUUUAUAUCUAUUUACUAUGGACACUGAGUCUCUCACAGGCCCGCAAGCAAUCAGAAAAACUAUAUCGACUCUUUUUAAGCAAAAUCCUCUACCUACAGCAACGAUAGUCCAUUUCAAAGUUUCCACACAAGGUAUUACUCUAACGGAUAAUGCGAGAAAGCUGUUUUUCAGAAGACACUAUCCAACUACCAACAUCAGCUAUUGUGGGCUGGAUACGGAUGAACGAACGUGGAAUUAUUCCAGUAAUGAUAAUGAAAAACAUUCUAGUGCUCACCGUUGCUUCGGGUUCGUUGCAAGAAAACCUGCCCACAAAUCAGAUAAUCAAUGCCACGUAUUUGCUGAACUUGAACCCGGUCAACCGGCAACAGCGAUCGUCAAUUUUGUGAAUAAAGUAAUAAUGGAAAGUUCAACAACCAAAGCAAACAUUGUUUAAGCCUUAGAGUCAGCAAUUAACAAACUGGAUAAAUAUGAAAUAUUUAUCCUUAGAAAUGAUCAAAAACAAAGAAAAUAUAAAAGACGAACGACAGAAAUCAAAGUUCAUAUAUUUUUCUCUCGAGAAAAAUAAUAUGUGAAAAUAAUCAAAAUUCUCAUGUGCCCUAUUCAUACCUCGUAAACGAGGCCUUAAUUAUAAAUAUUAAUGAACUAAUAUUGAAAUUAAUUGAUUAAGUAAUUGAUAAAAUUACUACGACUAAGGAGCUUAAUUUACAAAGUAUCCGUCGUUAAAAGUAUCUUCCAAGAUGAUUUUUUUUUUUUAAAAAAUAGAUUUAAAAUUUUAUGUUUAAUAAAUGUAAUAUAAGUAAUUAAGACAAUUAAGGCCGCUAAUAAAUGAUCGUAAAUAUAAAAUAUCUGCAUCAAAUAAUAUUUCGAGGUUAAAAUAAAUGUUAAAUAAUUCAAAGUAUAUUCAAAAGAGUUUAUACAAUGGGACUUUAAUUUAUUCAUCAAAGUUAAUUAAUUAAUCAUCAAGAUAAGAGAUAUUCAUAAGAUGUAAUUACAGCAAUUUAAUCUUGAAGUUUAUUUUUUCGUUAAUAUCUAAUAAAUUAUUGAAAAUGCCUUAAAAUUAUUCAAUACAAUAAUAAUAAUAAUAAUUUUAAUUAAAAGCCUCUUAAUUAUAUUUUGUGAAAUACUUGAAGAAAAUAUAAAAUUGUUAUCUAUAGAAUACGUAAUGCAGUGAAACUUUUUUUUUAUAAAAAUGUUACGCUUGGAAAUAACACUUUUACUUAUUUCUUUAUAAACUCAUAAGUUCCGAUGAAUAAUUUUGCGAGUAUCAUGAUUUAUUUUAUAUCUAUUUACAGAUCUAUAAUAAUAAUAAAUAGUGAAUAUAUGUCAUGAAUGUAAAUAAUAUAAUUUCUCAUCAAAAUAAUAAGAUUUAAUUAUUUAGAUUAUUAUCAUUUUGAUGUUUUUAAUUAGUAAAUAUUUUAGCUGUAACAAAUUAAAAUUAAAUUAUUUCAUGGUUAAAUUUUAGUUUAAAAAAAUAAUUUUAGUUAUAAUGAGCAUUAAGAAUGGUCUAAAUACCCAGUUCUUUUCACCAAAUAAAAUCUACAUUAUUAAUAGAGAGUGAAAUUAACAUUAAUUAUUGUUAAUGAAAAUUUGUAAUUAUUAUUAGUUAGCGAUAACUAUCAGUGAACGAUCCAUAUAGAUAAUAAAUGUAUGCAAUAAUGGUAGUAGAAAAAGAAUUAAUAGACUGCAAAUUACAAGAUAUUUUCUUGUAAUUAUAUAUGAAUGGUAGCUCAUAACAAACACCAAGAAAUAGAAAAUGUUAAUAAAAUACAAUGUUGAAAAUUUAGAAUUUACAAA